AUGGCGUACUGUGGAUCCGUCGGUAGCGUCAAUGUGCUGGCAAUUAUGAGCACGGACCUGUUUGACGAGUCUCAAGAAAACCCGUUCCUUCUCCAACAGCGGUCUACGUCGCCAUCGAAGCUGAAGUCGGACAGCUCACGGUCACCGCAGCGAGCGUCCUUCAUCAAGGGAGGUGAACUACCUCUGGACGACCCGUCAGGCACCUACGGAUAUCGAGACCAACACGGAGGCUUUUCUCCAUUCAAGUCGUCGCAGUCAGCUCCAGUAUCACCCCAAUACGCUCCAGGUCGCACAGUAUCCUUCGCAGCCCCUGCAUCUGUCCCUCGAGGCAUUUUGAAGCGGCAGUCCAGCUAUGAAUCGGAUGCGUCGACGGUUCCUUCAGUUCGAGAUCAACAGCAGUCGAUGAACCCGCUCGUUACAGAUUCCGAGCUACACAAGCUCUUGUAUUCUCUAAACCGUUUCGGGCUGGCGAAUGAAUCCGGUACUGCUAACGACCCGGCCAGCUCUCCACAAGACCGGCCACUUGGAUCCAAUCCAUUGUGGUUUCGAGGUAAUGCAGCAUCUACCGGUGGAGAAUCGGAAGGACCAGACAGCGGUGAUGAAUUUAGUGAGCUCCGGGCAUCGCGAGCUGGCACGACGCAGCGGAGACGCUCAAGCAAGAAGAAGUCGUGCGUGCUGCGCCAAGAUCCAAUGGGUCGAUCGCGAGGAUCCGUCACGUUCGCGACGGUGAAGAAUUUACUGCGCGGCGGUGGCCUUGCGGGGCGUACGGCUCUCAAGAAUACACCCGAGGUGCAGCGCAAGAAGAGUAUGGGCACCAUCUCAUCACGGAUGAAGAUCAAGCAGAAGUUCGUGCGGCCGACGAUCCUCACGGACGCCUAUCACCGAGUGAGCGACAUGAAGCUAGGCACAAGACCGCUGAGCGUGUGUAUCAAGCACGUUGCUUUUCCCGAGAGGUGGGAAGACGAUCUUUGUGACCGCGAGGAAGCCGACCCAGGCAUGCCGCCCCCGAAGGGCCAGCUCAAGCGCAACUCCUUCAUUUCCCUCGAGACGCUGGACAAAAUCGGCACUCGAGCAGCGUGCCCCGUGCACCUGAUCGACGACGAGAAACCGGAUUAUUCGCGUGUAAGCGCUCGCGUCGACAGCUACAACCACGUUCGCAGUCCCAAACGCGGUCUUCGCCGCCCAUCGACUUGGCUCGCUGGCGCUGCGCUUGAUGCGCGCGUAGCUUACUACGAAGAUCACUAA